UCAGCGCAGCUUGCAUUUGGCGCCGCUCCUCCUCGCCCAUCUUCUCUCCACUUCUCUCCGUUUUUUGCCCUGUUUUCCAUUACUGUUCUGCUCUUCUGGUUUUCUGUUUUUAUUUCUUUGGUUUUGCGCAAGUUUAGAUAUGCUGCGAACUGUGAACUAAUUACGGAGUUACGAUAAACGCGAAGCGGAAUAUCUGGCUUAUCACACAGCCCAUUUAACACCUGCCCUUUGAACCCGUGGCGAACGCCAACGCGAACCCGAACGGUAUCCAAUUCCGGAUCGCGAUCCGGCCCUGAAAUCUCCACAAAAGCGACGUAAAUCGAUAACACAUCCCCCACAGUCCACACAACACACUCCACACACCACACAAGCCGCAAUGGGUCAGACUCUAUCGGAACCGGUGACCGCCAAGGAGUCCUCGUACUGCCAGAACGCCGCCUACCGCGUGGGCAGCUCCUGCAUGCAGGGGUGGCGCAUCAACAUGGAGGACUCGCACACCCACAUCCUGUCCCUGCCGGGCGAUCCGGGAGCGGCCUUCUUUGCCGUCUACGAUGGGCACGGAGGCGCUACGGUGGCCCAGUACGCCGGCAAGCACCUGCACAAGUUCGUUCUCAAGCGGCCGGAGUACAACGACAACAUCGAACAGGCGCUGCAGCAGGGCUUUCUGGACAUAGACCUCGUGAUGCUGCGCAACAAGACCUGUGGUGACCAGAUGGCUGGCUCGACUGCCGUUGUGGUUCUGGUCAAAGACAACAAGCUGUAUUGCGCAAACGCAGGAGACUCGCGCGCCAUUGCCUGCGUAAACGGACAACUGGAGGUACUGUCGCAGGACCACAAGCCCAACAACGAGGCGGAGUCCAAGCGGAUCAUCGAAGGCGGCGGCUGGGUGGAGUUCAAUCGCGUCAACGGAAAUCUGGCACUUUCCCGGGCCCUCGGAGACUAUGUCUUCAAGCAGGAGAACAAAAGACCGGAAGAUCAAAUCGUCACAGCCUACCCGGACGUGGAGACGCGCAAAAUCAUGGAAGAUUGGGAAUUCAUCGUGCUGGCAUGCGAUGGAAUUUGGGAUGUUAUGAGCAAUGCGGAAGUGCUUGAGUUUUGUCGCACACGUAUCGGUAUGGGCAUGUAUCCGGAGGAGAUCUGCGAGGAGCUGAUGAAUCACUGCCUGGCACCCGACUGCCAAAUGGGCGGCCUUGGCGGCGACAAUAUGACCGUGGUGCUGGUGUGCCUACUCCACGAUCGUCCCUACAGCGAUCUGAUAGCCCGCUGCCGGAAUAGCAGCCAGGCGACAAAUGACCAAAAGGUAGCCGGCGAUGCGACAAAGGAUGAUGUCGCAAAGGACGAAGCCGAGGCGGAAACUGAUACCGAAACGGAAACGCAAACCAAACCCUGCCAGAAGCAAUCCAAUUCCGGUCCCAUGGACGAAGAAGGGAAGCUGGCGACGCAUCUAAACAAAAUGGCAGCGAUCGAAAGCCACUAUAUCUACGAUUAAUUAGGGUUACUCAAAUACCGCUUAGGUCAACUCUUUAUACUUAACAACGCAAGUGUUCUUGGUUAAGUUUUAUAUAGACACAACACACUAUCGUACGCCACACAGUCCUUACCAAAAUGUUUGCUCCGAUUAUUAAUAAUUGUUUUAAUUGUAACCCCACGAUGCGUGUAUAUACAACAUAUGCCUUGUCUAACUAUAUAAUUGAAUGAUUUACUAUGUUUUGUGAUGCCCGAGCAAAAUGGAUAAAAAUAAUUGUAUUACUCGUUUAGUAUUUAUGUACCUAAAUAUACUUGUAAAAGUUGUUUGGGACCGAUCUUUAAGAAAUGAGUGCGAAGUUUCAAAAUUAAAAAUGAAGAAAAUGUUUUGUAGUGCCCAAGAA